CCAGGAUCCCCCCCACUCCAAAUCACCACUUGUGACGUAGGCAGCAUGUUAUUUUUCGCCUUGACGUAGGCUGUUUAAACUUUAAACAGCUGACGACUUAGUUAUGACGUCAAAAAUGGUAACACACCAAUAUGGCGGCGAUUGGCGAUUACCAAAAACGAGGACGAUAAGCAAUCCUGUAAGCAAAGUCUUAUUCAAUGACUGUUUCACAGCAGUAAAAUUGGCCAGAGAGGAGCGCUAGUUUUUGGAAUUCUCAAGAGGUUUCUGACUUAAAAUGUUGAUGUUCAAGGCAAUAGGAAGACUCCAGAACAGGCAAUUCACAUGGAAACUCCUCGAUGUGAAGCAGUCAAAACAACAUUGCGUAGCAGGCACAAUAAACAAUACCUUUGUUAAUGCCAGUUAUGGAGUUCGCCAGUACAGCAAGGGACAAGAAAAUUAUGAGAAAAGUGGUGGGGCUGGAGGAAAACUGAUUUUUGCCUUAGGUGCCCUAACAUUAGCUGGUGGCGUAACUUUAGCCUAUGCAAAAUACGACAGUGAUUUCCGAAAAACAUUGACAUCUUAUGUGCCGUUUGUAAACCCAGUGCUAGAUACUUUAGAUGAGUAUACACCGACUGCUUUUUACAGUAAGGCUAAACAACAAUUGGAUAAACUCAGUAAAGGAGAAGAUGCUGAAAAAGUUGUUGCUAGAGAAAAUGAACCUAUUUCAAAGCCUAAGCAACCUAAAGUCGUAGAAAAAGAAGUACGAAAACUGGAAAACACCUUAAAAGAAAAAAAUGUGGAGACGGAAAAGAAGCUUGCAAAGGAGGACACUAAUAUUGUUGUAGAACUAGCACCCCAAUCAAGCCAAAUCAACUUAUCUAAAUAUGAUGAGAUGGACGAAAAAAUUACCAGGGUAACUAGAAGGGCUGUCCAAGUAUAUAAUAAUGCAGUUGAAGCUUUGGUUAACUACAACAGAGAAAUUGAACCUAUUAUGAACCAAGCAGUCAAUGAGAUGAAACCAGAAAUAUGGGAGAAUAUAAGAAACAAAACCCGGCAUAAGAAUGAGUGUAUUGCAACAGCUCACAAAGUUGCAGACGAAGCGACUAGUGAUUUGAAUGCACUGAAAGAGUUAAUUUCUGGUAAAGGAUUUAUUGGUAAUGAUUAUAUCAAAAUCUCUAUUAGCAAUAGCAUUUCGAAGAUGCAAGAGAAAAUCGAAGAAGCUAAAAAUAGGUUUGAAUCGGAACUGAAACGCGGCAGUGUCACAGAAAGAUAUUGGGAAAGAGUCCAGGCUGCAAGAGAAAAUUUGUGUAACGAACUAAAAAUUCUUUUUCCCAAUGUGGACAUCUCUAGAAAGGAUUUGAACAUCAAGGAAGAUGAAUUAGAUUUGCUUUUAUUAUAUGUACAUUCUAAUUUACUAUUUUAUCAAAAGGAAUUAGCCAAAAUAGAGAGCUUUUUGCAAACCAAAGUAAACCAAGCAAUAGAAGAAGCAAAAAGGAGUGGUUUGGAGCCAUUGACAGUGGCUCAAAUCUGUGUAGCUGUUGAACAAGAAAAGAGGCGCCUAACUGCUAGUUUUCAACAAACUGCUCUUAAGUUAAAGAAGGAAGGUGAACAAGAGAUGAGGGAACAACUUAAGAGGCAAUCUCAAAUAUUUAAUGAUCAUCUGCUUGAAGCGGUCAAAGUUCGGGAGAUUGAAAUUGAACGAGAAUUAUCCAAGAGAUUUCAGGAGCUUUUGGAGGAGGAAAAGUGCAAGCUUGAUGCUCAAUUGUCAAUUAUGGCAGGAAGGCUGAAGGGCUUGGAUGAGGGUAUCAAAGUUAGGAACGAUGCUGAUGCUAGUUCUAAACAAGCGCAAGUAUUGUGGGCCACAUGUCAGUCUCUUCUCAGAGCUGUCAGAGCAGGAUAUCCAGGAAUCCCAUGGAAAGACCAAAUUAGACCGCUAGAACCAGAAAUUCAGGCAGUUUUAAAAGCAGCGGCUCCAAAUGAUGAACUUGUAUCAGUUGUUAUUGAUGGUAUUCCAACAGAAGCUAAGGAAAGGGGAGUUUUCCCUGAAGACGCCCUCAGAGAACGGUUUUUAAAAGUCGAAAAUGUAGCAAGAACUGUUGAUUUAGUUUCCGCUGAAGGGUCCGCUCUUCCUGUUCAUAUUUUAUCAUACUUACAGUCACUGAUCUUAGUUAAAUGUCCUAGUCCAAUUUCACGGGCCGAGUUAAAUGAUGAGAAGACCAACUUUGGCAAAUUGAAUACCAAUGAAAUUUUGCAAAGAGCAAGGUAUUGGUUGGAUAGAGGCGAUUUCGCUCAAGCCUUAAAAUACAUGAACCUACUAAAAGGUGCUCCUCGUUCAGUUGCAAGACAAUGGAUGAAUGAAACUAGAAUCCUUUUGGAAACCCAACAAGCUGCAAACACGCUAAUGGCACAUGCAGCAUCUAGCGGACUGAUGUAUUUGUAAAUAAUUCACGACAGUAUUUUAAAUACGCAUAUUGUGUGUGUUUUGUUGUGGUUAAAUUUUUAAUUUAUUUUUGGAGCCAGCAAACCUAUUUACUGAGUUUUAUUUAUCAAAUAUUUUAUUGUUGAAACAUUGUAAUUAAAUACUAUUUCGAAACAAUAUUUUUCUAUUUAUUUACAUUUAUA